AUGACUCCAGCCACCAAUGUUGCUCCAGCCACCAAGUUACUGCCCAGCCACCAGUGUUACUGCCCAGCCACCAGUAGUACUGCCCAGCCACCAGUGUUACCACUAGCCACCAGUGUUACUGCGCACCAGUUCAGCCCAACCACCAAUGUUCCCAGCCACCAGUGUUUCUGCCCAGCCACCAAUGUUACUCCCCAGCCACCAGUGUUACUCCCCAGCCACCACUGUUACUGCCCAGCCACCAGUGUUACUGACCAGCCACCAAUGUUACUCCCCAGCCACCAAAGUUACUCCUCAUCCACCAGUGUUACUGCCCAGCCAUCAAUGUUAAUCCCCAGCCACCAAUGUUACUCCCCAGCCACCAGUGUUACUGCCCAGCCACCAGUGUUACAGCCGAGCCACCAAUGUUACUCUCCAGCCACCAAUGGCACUCCCAGCCACCAGUGUUACUGCCCAGCCACCAGUGCUACUGCCCAGCCACUAAUGUUACUCUCCAGCCACCAAUGUUACUCCCCAGACACCAGUAUUGCCCACCAAUGUUACUCCCCAGCCACCAAUGUUACUACCCAGCCACCAAUGUUACUGCCCAGCCACCAGUGUUACUCCCAGCCACCAGUGUUACUGCCCAGCCACCAGUGUUCCCCAGGCACCAAUAUACACCCCAGCCACCUGUGUUACUCCCCAGCCACCGGUGUUGCUGCCCAGCCACCAGUGUUACUCCUCAGUCACCAGUAUUACUGCCCAGCAACCAGUAUAACUCCCCAGCCACCAGUAUAA